ACCAUGGUGGACGUAGGGUUGGUACUGCCGCAGCAGGACGAGUCACUGGUCGAUCAUUUCGGUCGACAGGUGCUGCAUUGGAUCGUGGGCUACUCGACCGCCUGGUACGCAACGCUCAGCCACUGCGAUUUGGUCGAUAACUUCAAGAAAGUGGACUCCGGUGCAAAGAUACUGCUGCAGGGUCUCGGUGUUAAGACGGGCCACAUCGGAGACGACGACGACGACGACGACGACGAGGAGGAGGACUACGAAGAGUAUAACGAAGCGGAAGAGCAAGGCCGCGGCGUAGGGAACGGUGGUCAGCAGCCUCAACGUCAGCCAGGUGUACGACAGCGACGUAGAACACGUCGGGCGGCUGCCCGGGGAUUCGUCAAUCGAUACCAUCCGCUGGUCGACUACGGGGAGCGGAACUUUGAGAACCUAAUGCUGGCAGACCUGAUGGAGAACUGCGAACAAGGAAUUCCACUCGAGAUGUUCAAUGUGUUGGCCCCGUUCCAUCAGAGCAGUGCUGCCGGUGCCGGUGUCGGUUCUGCUACCACUACGGGUGGCCAAAGAGUGCGAAUAGAGAACAUGCAAGUGACGCAACCCUGCAGUGGCCCUUCAUCGCCAACGAAUACAACCUUCGAUCUCCUCAGAUCCCCCACGAUCUAUGUGACUAAUGGUUUUUUCGUAGACGACGCCGACCUCGGUGCAGGCAGCGGCGGAUGCAGCAGCGUGAUCUCCAGCACAACAGCAGCCGAUACGGCGGACCCAAACUGGCAGGCGAACAAAUCGACCGUACGCGAACGGAAUGCCGCCAUGUUCAACAAUGAUCUGAUGGCCGACAUCCGGUUCAUCGUCGGUUCCGACGAACAAGUGCAAACCAUUCCAGCCCACAAGUAUGUACUAGCGACGGGAAGUUCCGUUUUCUACGCCAUGUUCUAUGGUGGGUUGGCCGAAAACAAGCAGGAAAUUAAGGUUCCGGAUGUGGAGCCGGGUGCGUUCCUAACAUUGUUAAAGUAUCUGUACUGUGAUGAGAUACAGCUGGAAGCAGACAACGUACUGGCGACGCUGUACGUCGCAAAGAAGUACAUCGUACCACAUCUGGCACGGGCGUGCGUCAACUAUCUGGAAACUAGUCUCACGGCGAAAAACGCCUGUCUGCUGUUGAGCCAGUCGCGCUUGUUCGAGGAACCGGAGCUGAUGCAGCGCUGCUGGGAGGUGAUCGAUGCGCAGGCGGAAAUGGCCAUCAAGUCGGAAGGCUUUGUCGACAUCGAUCUGAAAACAUUCGAAACAAUCCUUGCGCGCGAAACACUCAACUGCAAGGAGAUACAUCUGUUCGAGGCGGCCCUCAGCUGGGCGCAUGCUGCUUGUACCAAGAUGGACAUCGAACCGACCUCAUCCAACAAGCGGCAACUACUCGGCCAAGCCCUGUACCUGAUACGCAUCCCGACAAUGACGUUGGAAGAGUUCGCAAACCGUGUCGCCCAGCUCGGCAUACUCACCAACCAGGAGACAAUCGACAUUUUCCUCAACUUUACCGCCAAAAACAAGCCGAAGUUAACGUUCCCGGUAAAGGCAAGGUCCGGACUAAAAACACAGGUGUGCCAUCGCUUUGCGUCCUGUGCGUACCGUAGCAACCAGUGGCGCUAUCGGGGUCGUUGCGAUUCGAUACAGUUUUCCGUCGAUAAGCGCAUCUUUAUCGUAGGCUUUGGGUUGUACGGAUCGUCAACCGGAGCGGCCGAUUACGAUGUGAAGAUCGAGCUGAAACGGUUGGGCCGUGUGCUGGCGGAAAACAGUACCAAAUUCUUCUCGGACGGAUCGAGCAACACGUUCCAGGUGUUUUUCGAAACGCCGAUACAGAUCGAACCGGAAUGUUUCUACACUGCAUCGGUUGUGCUGGACGGAACGGAGCUAAGUUUCUUCGGGCAGGAAGGUAUGAGUGAGGUGAGUGUCGGUACGGUCACAUUCCAGUUUCAGUGCUCGUCCGAGAGUACCAACGGUACGGGCGUGCAAGGUGGUCAGAUUCCGGAAUUGAUCUUUUACGGCCCGAUGGGUAUAAGCCAGCAGAAUGCCAUCAUGUCUGCUAGUGCUAGUAAUAAUACGAUCAACAACAAUCACAAGUCCGCUGGGGGAGGACACUCACCCGGUAAGGAAAGUAUAGCCGGUAGCAAACAGACGAGUAAUACCGCUGGAAGUGGCAACAACGUUCCACCUGCAACAACGACAUCAUCCACUUCCAGCUCGGCACAUGGAAGCGGACUACAGCUGAUGGGUGCCAGUAGCAGUUCCUCGUCGGCAAAUGCCAGCAGUGAUCGAUCGCAUCCUACUGCUGCUCCGUAUGGAAAUACGAGCGGCGAUAAUCAAGGUGCCACAACAGCAGCACGCAGCACGAGUGGUUUCGUUGGAUUGGUGGAAUGGCUACAACAACCAAACUUUGCAGGCGGUAUUUCUGCGGGUCAACAACAGUUGCUAGCAGCCGACAAUGGUGAACCAUCAGAAUGA